AUGAGCACGCUGACUGUGUGUCCCUACUGCGGGGAGGCCAUGCGCUUCGACGAGAUGAAGCGACACUUUCUCUCGUGCGAAGGCCGCUCUCCUCUACCAACACCGCACCCGCGCUCCCAGCACGCCACGUCGCCCAGCUCCCCAGCAGCAAAACCGGUAAGUGGAUUGGAGUUCUAUAAUCAACUCAACAAGCUGAGUCUGUUAACACGUUCCAAGAGCAGCGGCGGCAGCAGCAGUGGGGUAGGGCGUCCUCAAUUCGCCGCCUCUCCGGACCGACAAGACGCGGCCACUGUGCGGGAGUUGAUGCACCCUAGCACGUUGCUCACCAUCGACGUUGCCCCGUCGCGUUCGCUGACGUCGGUAUCCUCCAAUGAAGUCUUCGACAACGGGGCACGGCGAUGGCCUGUAGCGGAGGCGACGGAUGGUGUCUCUCCUUUGGCGUCUCCACCUCCGCCAGCGGUGCGUGUGAGCCUGCGUCAGCCGGAUAACCGCUUCAAUACGAUGGAUCGCAACGCGGAGGAGGAAGAGGCAGCAGGGCGGCGCAGCGAGCGAUCGGGGCCGUCCAUCUCGUCUUCACACCGCUCAACCUCCGCCUUUGCGAAGCAACCUGCAUCCGCGGCGACGCAGCGUAAGCAAAUGGUGGACGGCGGAAAACCAGCGAGCGUGCCCUCGCGUAGUCGUUCGAGAAGUCUGAGAGGAGGGACAGGGCCGGCCGCCGUGCUCAACACGUCCCCAGGCAUCAAGGAAGGUGCAACAGGUAGAGUGGCUUCUGAAAAGGCACACAAUGUAGCCUCCAUGGAUGAUGGCAAGGAAGUGUAUGGUGCGGUCGACAACACGCAACCGCAGGAAGAAGCGAGGGGACGUGAAAAGGCUUCUGCGAGUUCCGCGUCGGCCUCAUCGCGGGCGUCGUCGCUGCGGCCAGCGCCGCAACGGAGCAGCUUCGCCAUUCGCCUACGCGGCGGCAGUGGCGGCUCCUCAGCUCACGCGACGGAAGGUGACACCCCAGAAGUCAACGUGCACGCCACUCCUGGCAGACCGGGAAACGCGACGGAAAACCAACGCCAAUCUGUAUCAAGUGCGCUGAGGGCGACGGUGGCGCAGCUCAGCACGGCUCUUCGUCAGGUUCAGCAGCUGGUGCAGAAGCAACAGGAGCAGUACAACGCACUGCUGCACGCGCACGCGGACCUUAAUCGCGAGGUGGCAGCCCAGCGGGGUGCGCACAACGGGAUGAUGCGCCGCUCGUUUGAACAGGCGUCGACGGCGGAGGCGGCCCUGCAGCGGCACACAACGCAGUGGCGCAGCGAACAGGCGGCGCUGCGUGAGUCUGUCGCAGCGUUGUGGGAAAGCGUCUCCGACAUCCAGCAAAAACUGUCACGGCAACGAAUCGAAGCAGUCGCAGCAGCACCUGCCUCUGUCCCCUCUCAGUUGUCGCCAGCCAAGGCGUUCCCAGCGUUGGUUGCGCCGUCUCCCGCGUUCCCUCCGACGGUGACACCCAGCAGUGGCGUAGCACCGCCUUUACAACCCUUUCAACAACCCCCGGAGCACAGCGCACACGCCCCCACACCUGCCAUUUCUGUCCAACGCGCGUCCCCAGCGGAGGAGAGCGCGUACUACUCCGACAUCGCCUCCUUCAUCCAUCAGGAUGGACCCGCCUUUUCGGCGCCUAUGUCUGCGGUGGUGAGUCAGAGUGGCGACAGCGUCGGCGGUGGGCCGCACGCGUCGGCUGCGAAGGGCCCAAACCACGGCAGUGCGGCCCACCGCCCGAGUACUGCCCGCACGAAUACCUCUGCGACGGCUGUUCAGCUUCCAUGCUUUGCCGUGCCCUACACUACACCAACCGUCUCAUCUUCGCGUGCGAGUUCGUUGUCGCACGUGGGACACCGCUCGACGACGCUGCCGGGCAACUAUCCUUAUGCGAUGGAUGUGCAACAGCAGCAGCAGCAGCAGAGGCAGCGGAACUCGCGAGCGUCGAUAGAAGAUCGCGUGAUGGCGAUGUUGCACGCGAAGCCUACCGUGGUGGUUCAACGAUCCCCCUGGAGAUGA